GAGCAGAUUUCUUGGAAGAAAAGAGCAAUGGACUUGAUUUUAAACCUUUCCAUGGAAACAUGGGCACUACUGGCUACUAUCCUGGUGCUCCUCUACCUAGGUGUGAAUGGCUCGAAGGAAACUGCAGCAUCAAAACAUCACAUUGUUGGAUAAUGACACAAACUCUGCAUAUGUUUAUGGAACCUCUUCACAUGGCCUUUUUAAGAAGCUAGGGAUUCCUGGCCCCAAACCUGUGCCUUAUUUUGGGUCAAUGCUUGACUACAGGAGGGGUAUAUGGAAAUUGGAUGAAGAAUGUCGAAAAAAGUAUGGGGAUUUGUGGGGGAUUUAUGAGGGACAGCAGCCUCUCCUAGUCUUUACAGAACCAGAAAUAAUCAAAAAAGUGCUAGUGAAGGAAUUCUAUUCUGUCUUCACAAAUCGGCGGUUUCUUGGUCAAACUGGACUACUAAGAUCUAGUGUCACUGCAUGUCAUGAUGAAGAAUGGAAGAGGAUCCGAACAUUGUUGUCUCCAACCUUCUCCAGUGGAAAACUGAAGGAGAUGUUCCCCAUCAUCAAACAGUAUGGAGAUACAAUGGUAAAAUACAUUGGUCAGAAGGCAGAGAAAGACAAGCCUGUUAACAUGAAAGAGAUGUUUGGGGCCUACAGCAUGGAUGUGAUCACUAGCACCUCAUUUGGGGUGAAUGUGGAUUCUCUUAACAACCCACAGGAUCCCUUUGUUGAAAACACAAAAAGAUUUUUCACAUUUGGAUUUUUAAAUCCACUGUUUAUCUCUACAGCAAUCUUUCCAUUCCUUAGAGGAUUAUAUAACAAAUUGAAUAUCUCCAUGUAUCCAAGUGAUACAAUGAAAUUUAUGCAAAAUUUUGUAAAUGAGACGAAAAAGGUUCGGCUUGAAGAUAAACAGGAGGCCCGAGUGGACUUCCUUCAGUUGAUGAUGAAUUCCCAGAAUUCCAAAGAUACGGAGUCCCAUAAAGCUCUUUCUGAUCAGGAGAUAAUUGCCCAAUCGAUCACUUUCAUAUCGGCUGGCUAUGAGACUACAAGCAGUGCACUUUGCUUCACAGUGUAUGCACUGGCAACUCAUCUUGAUGUACAAAGGAAACUCCAGCAUGAGAUCGAUGCAUCCCUGCCUAAUAAGGCACCUGCCACUUAUGAAGCCCUGCAAAAUAUGGAAUAUCUUGACAUGGUAGUGAGUGAAGCUUUGAGAUUAUAUCCAGUUGCUAACAGGGUUAGCAGAACCAGUAAGAAAGAUGCUGAAAUCAAUGGUAUGCUCAUUCCCAAAGGGACUGUGAUGAUUAUACCUGUCUUUGCUUUACACCGAGAUCCAAAAUACUGGCCAGAGCCUGAGGAGUUCCGUCCUGAAAGGUUCAGCAAGGAGAAUAAAGAUAGCAUUAAUCCUUAUACAUAUCUGCCUUUUGGAUAUGGGCCUAGAAACUGCCUUGGCAUGAGGUUUGCUCUCAUUACCAUGAAGCUUGCUAUUGUCAAAAUCCUGCAAAACUUUACCCUGCUGCCUUGUGAAGAAACAGAGAUUCCCUUGAAAUUGGGUACGAAAAUGUUUCUUUCUCCAGAAAACCCUGUUAUCCUGAAGAUUAUAUCAAGAAAUGGGGCCAUAAAUGAAGGAUGAUUUUUACCUCAAGUUCUGAAAUGUUCUUCAAAGAGUGCAUUCUAAACACCUUGAUUUGAAUUUACUCCUAAAGAAAGCUUAGAUGAAAAUGAAUUUAACCCACCACACUUCAUGACAGAAUCUUCAAUUAUUUUUCAUUGACUUGAUAGCAUCUUGAUUCUUGUAUAUGAAUGGAAAAUGAUUAUUUAGAAUUUCAUAUCUUCUCUCAUGUCAAAAUUUGUCCAUUUUUCCAGACAUAGAACUAUAUGUUUGAUUUCAAUGCUAAUAAAAGGUUUCUCCUUAA